AUGGUGGUGGUGAAUCUCAAAACCACCGGUUAUCGUGGCGACGGGCAAAGGUUGCAAUUGAUCGUCCAGGAUACUCUCGGAAACCGAUUUUACAAAAAGGAUGAUAUCAGCGGCGAUGUGAGAGCGGUGUUCACCACUCAGGAGGCUUCUGCCAUUGACAUAUGUCUCACCAAUCGUGUCGAGCCUGGCCGUAACAGAGUGUACUUAACCAGAGAGGUGGAGAUUGAGGUUGAGAGUGGUGCUGCUGCUAGAGACUGGAACGCUAUUCAGGCGGCCGAAAGAUUGCAGCCAAAUGAGAUUGAGUUGAAGAGAAUUGCCGAAAUGACCUCUGAGAUCGCUGACCACUUACAGUACUUGAAGCGUAGAGAGGAGAGAAUGAGAGAUACCAAUGAGAGCACGAACUCCAGAGUCAAGUGGUUUUCUAUCAUCAUAAUCUUCUCCUUGCUUGGCUUGGGUGGCUGGCAAAUCCAAUACUUAAGGCAUUACUUCAAGGUGAAACAUAUCAUUUAG